AUGUGCUCAUGCGUCUACGGAGUGUUGCGCAACGCUCUAUGGGAUGAUGCAGCAGAGUCCGUGACCGGGAACUUUGCCACAGACUUGGCGCAGAAGGCAGAGGAGGAGCACUACUCUUCUGGAGUGGUGGGCCCAUACCUGGCAUGGCGCUACUCCUACCUUUGGGUAGGCGUGGUCUUUGGACUUGUACAAGCAGUUCUAUCAUCACCAUGGCUAAGUGAUUCUGAUUACAGUCUCUUUUUGGAGAGUCAAGUCAGUUCCUCCAUUCCGCGUGAUCGCUUCCAGCCUCUGGUGCAAACGCUCCUUGCCAUCGAUGUCGUCAUGUGGUGUUUGGCAUUGCUGGCCUUACUUGGGACCUUGCUGGCCCUGUGCUUGGCACGUCCAAGUGCUGCAACAUCAACCCUGAGGCUGGGGAGGCGCGUGGUGUGGGUCACUUGGCUGAUUUCCUUCCUCCCGCCUUUCCUGCUCUUCCUGACAUUCCCGAUGCGUUCCAUGGUCGACUGGGAUGCAAUCACAGCAGAUGUUUGUGUUAGCUCAAUCACGGCCAGUGGGGACAUGGCUGGGUCGUCACUCUCCUCGAACCUGCGGAUUCUGCACCAGAUUGGAGCCCUCGAAGAGUCGAUGCUUGGCUUGGCUACUGACCCAUUCCAGUGGUGCAUGUCGAAGGGAGACAGCUGGCACACGAUCUUCUUCAACCAGUCUGUGCCGUGCACGUGGUUCGUCGAGGACCGAUGUCGCCAGAUGAGCUGCGAGCGACUGACAGCAGGGUCAACGACCGAAAGGCAAUGCAUCCAAGAUUGCGUGAAGUUCACCCUUGACACUGCUGGCAGCCAAGCAAGAACAUCACUGACACAGCUCAUGCAAGAGUGUGAUGCGUCAGUUGCACAGAAAACGUAUGCACCCGCAGCCCUGCAACAGCAGAUGCGGGCUGCCUCGUUAUCAGGUGAUGUGUCGCAAUCGGACUUGGUCAAUGCGAUGUCCAUCAUGCAGAGGUUCUCUAUCAUCCAACUGGCGGAGAGUCUUACAUUUGCCAGUACUCAAGCUGAGUAUGCUGUGGGCAUGCUGCUAGCAGUCAUGGUGGGUCAGAACAUGAUCUCGGCCGCACUUGGCUUGGCUAAUGGUAUGGCCGAGGCUUUGAUCAACAUGAAAGCCAUGUUCCCAGGAACACAAGCAGGGGGCUGGAUACUAAUGCUCACAACUUUCGAGGUGCUUCCUAUCUACAUCGUCAUUCUCGCAGUUUUUCAGCAGAUGAUUGGCGACCCUACACUUGCGAUAGGGGUUGUUGGGGCUACCCUCUACCUGGCUGUGGGCAUUCACACGGGAUACCGGAUUACAGGCACCAAGGGAGGAGAAUCCGGCAGAUGGCACGUUUACCGGCUCAUUUGGGUUGAGUACGGCCUGCGAUUCAUUUUUGGCGUUGGCACGUUGGUGGCGUGCAUCAUGUGGACCUUACAAAAGAAUUUGGGGGAGUCCCUCAUAGCCUACAUCCAUGAGGACUUGCUGACGCCCCGUGCCAUUGCAGCGAUGGUCUCAGAUUUCUUCGCGAGGAAAGCGCUGACUGCUGUGGCAGGCACUGACGCCAUGCUGUCUGCAUAUGUUCAGAGUGAGAUGUGGCGUUUGAAGAUGGACGUUAUAGAAGCCAAGUCUCAUUCGAAGGCGGUGACAGACCUUGACAGACUUGUCGCCGUGCAUAGAGCGGCUCCGGAUGCCUAUUGCCAGACAGAAUGA